GAUCCAUGGUGUGCGUUGGUGAAAUCUACAACAACAACUUUUUUUGUCUUCAGGUUGGCAAGAUUUGAGCAUUUUACUUAGCAGUCAGUUGUUGUCCAGUGACAGUGAGUAGUUACUUCCCCACCGCUGAACUGCCACGACCAUAUUCUUGAUUACUAUUAUUUGGCGCAUUGCAAUAUGAAGGCGGUACUUCAACGAGUCAAGUCCGCCUCGGUCACCGUCGACGGGCAACUUGUGUCGUCGAUCGGCCAGGGGCUGCUUGUGCUUGCCGGUGUAGGCAAAGAGGACACGGAAAAAGAUGCCGAUACGAUGGUUGGCCGAAUAUUGAAAGCCAAGCUCUGGUCCGAUGAGAAUGAGAAACAGUGGAAGAAGAACGUCCAAGAUAUCGAUGGAGAAGUGCUUUGCGUGUCACAAUUUACCCUCUAUGGCGAGUUGAAGAAGGGAAGCAAGCCGGACUUCCACGCCGCAGCCGAUGUGGAGACUGCGCGCAAACUCUACGACUACUUUUACCAAAAACUGAGCAACAGCUACAAGCCUGAACGGGUGAAGAAUGGCAUCUUCCAGGCUAUGAUGGAGGUCGAGCUCAAAAACGACGGGCCGGUGGGUGUAGAUUACCGCAGUGAAGAUGCGGUGGUCACGAUCGAGAUCAACACCCAACUACCCAAGAAGGAGAAGAAGGAGAAGGAGGCCGAGCCGCAAGAACCGCGGCCUCAGACUUUCGAGUUCAAGAUACCCGCGGAGUUAUUGGAUUGA